CUUCCUCCCCUUAUAAGAGGCCAACCAGGGCCACGGCACUCUGUGUUGAGAGAGAGAGAGAAGAGAGAGAGAGAGAGAGAGAGUUGCCAGUGAGCCAGGAUAAGUGAGGAGAUCGCAAGGAGCGGAAGGCCGUGGCGGUAGCCAUGGACGACUCGGCGGAGGCGAAGCUGGUGGACGAGAUCGCGGGAGGAGGGGCGGAGGGGGACUGGGGCUACUUGGGCUCCGACGGGAUGGGCUCCGGCUCCUACCCGGGCUACCCCUUCCCCAGGGACGUCCUUUCCACGCCGACCUCCGCGUCGCUGCUCCUCUCCAUGGACCCCGCCGCGCUCUUCGACUUCAACAGCACCUUCCCGCCCUCCUCCUCCGCCGCCGCCACCGCCGGCUCCGCGUUGCCCGCCUUCCACGACUUCAACUGCAUCAACCCCUUCGACGACGCCGGCCAGUUCCUCGGCGGUCCCCCGCCGCUGCCGCCGGCGGUGGCGGCACAGCAGCAGGGGCAGAAAGGUGGGUUCUUUGCGCCGCCGCCGGGCUCGGACUUCAACGACACCGGGAUGAGCUGGGACGACGAGGACGAGAUCGACCAAAGCGUCGACGCCUCCUCCAUGGCCAUCUCGGCCUCCAUGGAGAAUGCUGCGGGCGCGGCGGUGGGGGGAAGUGGCGUCGGCGGUGGCAGCGGGAGAGGCAAGAAGAAAGGGAUGCCGGCCAAGAACCUUAUGGCCGAGCGCCGCCGUCGCAAGAAGCUCAAUGACCGCCUCUACAUGCUGCGCUCGGUGGUGCCCAAGAUCAGCAAGAUGGAUAGGGCUUCUAUCCUUGGUGAUGCAAUUGAGUAUCUGAAGGAGCUCCUGCAGAGGAUCAGCGAGCUUCACAAUGAACUCGAGUCAGCUUCAAGUUCUUCGUUUGUUGGACCAACAUCAGCUAGCUUCAACCCAUCAACACCAACAUUGCAGGCAUUUCCUGGCCAAGUCAAGGAAGAACUUUGCCCAGGCUCAUUCCCCAGCCCUACUGGACAACAAGCCACGGUUGAAGUCAGGAUGAGGGAAGGGCAUGCAGUCAAUAUCCACAUGUUCUGUGCGCGCAGGCCAGGCAUCCUGCUGUCCACAAUGACGGCCCUCGACAGCCUAGGCCUCGACAUCGAGCAGGCAGUCAUCAGCUGCUUCAAUGGCUUUGCAAUGGAUGUCUUCCGAGCUGAGGUCUGUUGUGUGCGCGGAUGGUCCUGGAAUGGUGCCUGAAGAAAUUAAGGCCGUGCUGAUGCACACUGCCGGUCUCCACAACGCAAUGUAGCCGGUCCGAAAACAGGCCACCACCAGGAUGAUGAUCGUCUCUACUAAGGGCUUCGAUUCGGAAGCGGCAUAAACUGUGGUGGCCAUUGGUUUCUGGGGGCAAGUGAUGGAUUUAAGAUGAGGCUCGCCAUCUCGGGCAUGGCAUGAGAUAUGAGUGAUGCUGUAACUAUGGAUUUUCUUUAGCCUAAUGUUUGUUUUCUCUCUGAUACUGUGGUGUAAUAGAAUCUAUUCUGCGUGUUAAACAUAUAAUGGUGAAUGGUGAUGUGAUAAUUAACAUCA